AUAUGCCGUCCGCCGAGGCGAUCAAACAUUUUUGAGCACAAUCUCAAAAAAAAUCUUGGUCACAUCAGUUUUAGUUUCUCUCUGAGCUUCGGCGUGAAUUGACUUCCUCUGUAUAAGCUGUGUGAGAGAUUUUUAUUUCUUUAAUUUGAGUGAGAAAAAAAGUCCAGAAAGGAAAGAAAAGAUGUCCAGUGAAGAGAGUGGAUUUGGUUUUAAGGACAAGCAAAAGGCACUGGAUACCCUAAAGUUGCUGGAAAAUCAGGAUAGCCAGUACAGACUCCUCACGAUUAGGGGAUUGCUGGGGAGAGCCAAGAGGGUGCUAACGCUGACAAAAGCCGAAGAAAAGCGGAAUAAUAUUAAGGAAGCCAUUGAGGUUUUUGAGAAUUGGCUCGAGGAGAACAAGAGCACGACAAGUAAGAGCAAAGCCAAAUCUUCCGGAGGAGCGGAAAAUGAGGAGAAAAUUGAUAAGGUCCCUGGAUUGGGAUUCAAAGACAAGGAAGCAGCGGAAAAGACUCUCAAGAUCCUGGACAAUCGGGAUGCAGACUACCAGAAGCUGGUUCUCAAAAGUCUCAUUACAAGCUCAAAGAGUGUAAUCUCACGCACAAAAGACAAGCAGAAGGUAUCAGAUAUCAAGGAGGGUGUGGACAUUCUCACAGAAUACCUCGACAGUCUGGACACAUUGGGGCAACCGAACAUGAAGUACCUCCCAGCAGACAUCAUCCAGAACUUCCCAAAGCCAUCAGACAAAUUGGCCAAGGAGUUCUUGGUGACCUACACUGAAACAGCUGGAGGGAAUUACAAAAAGCUCAGGACGCUCUUCCCAGAGGAUGAUGAUUCCAAUUCCUGGGAUAUUGUUCGGAAUAAGAAUCUCUCGAGUCUACAGAAGACAAUCCAAGAGAAGAAGCUUUCACUCUUCAAUAGCGACGGAUCGCCUACGAAGGAGCAUCUAGCGCUCAUUUCGUGGGCCUACACUCCAAAAAUGGAAAAGCUCAAGCAAUUCAUUGAGCAGAAGAAUGAAAAGAAUGGUGAUUCAACAUCUUCGGAUGAACCCAGUGUAAAGAAGCGCAAAGUGUGAAUGAAUUUUGCAAGGAAAAUGCUCUGAAAACUUUUUUUUAAUUAAUGAAGUCCAAUUAAAAAAGUUCUAAAAUUUGAAUUCAAUAAAUGAAAUCCAUUGAAAUGAUUAAAGUUCAA